UCCGCCCUCAGACGCCGGCGCUAGCAACUGUUGCCGAUCAUUUCAGUCCCAUCCACUGCGGUCCAGAGAGAGGAACCCGGGAACGCAGGCGGCGGGUCAAGUGGAACUUCUAGUGAGAGACUUUGGGAGAGUUUUCGCUUCGUAGUGACGCCAUGGCAAAAGUUCAAGUGUUAAACGUCGCUGUUCUGGACAACCCGAGCCCAUUUGGAAACCCUUUCCAGUUCGAAAUAACGUUUGAAUGCAUGGAGGACUUGCCGGAAGAUCUUGAGUGGAAGAUUAUCUAUGUUGGUUCUGCUGAGAGUGAGGAGUACGACCAGGUUCUUGACUCUGUUCUUGUUGGCCCGGUACCAGCUGGUAGACACAUGUUUGUUUUUCAGGCAAAUGCCCCUAACACUGGCCUGAUCCCUGAAACCGAUGCUGUGGGAGUGACCGUGGUCCUUAUAACCUGCACGUACCGUGGUCAAGAAUUCAUCCGCAUCGGCUACUAUGUGAACAACGAAUACACAGACCCCGAGCUGAGGGAAAAUCCACCCUUGAAACCAGACUACACAAAGCUUCAGAGGAAUAUUUUGGCAUCCAACCCCCGUGUCACCCGGUUCCACAUCAACUGGGAUGGAAUAGCUGACAAAAUGGAGGACGGCGAGAAUAUUGACCCGUCCCCCAAUGUUGGAAGCAUGCUGCCUCCCUCGUGCUUACAAGGGAAGAUGGCCCCGAUGGGACUGAUGCCUGACAAUUCCAUGGACUGCAUGUAAGACCUUUUGUGCUUCAAACUUGGACAAAUUUCCACACAAUUGUUGAGUCCCGGAAUGAGUCUACAACACAAGGGUAUUGAUGCUUGGGGCCAGCCAGGAUUUCUUUGGACAGUUUAUUUCGGUACCUCUCCUUUCUGCCUCAGUGCGCCAAAUAUGUCUCAGAUGAUGCUUGCGCUGAGGUUGCCAACCCUCAUAUGGGAACAGACAAACACAUUUUUACUACAAGCGUCUCGCGUAUUAGAAAGACUCUUGUCAAUGUUUGAUACUAAAGCUUGUGUAAAUUGUGUCAACUGUUCGAUUGUAGGAUUUGUACAAAAGAAAAACAAAGUUCUGAAGAAAGCUCCUUGUUUGUCAAAUGUGAUGCAUUUCUGGGAUUACAAUGCUAUUUAUUCUUGCACUGCCUUGGAGAAUAUUGUGUUAACUCCUGAUUCAAGGUGCUGCUUCGUCUCUUCAAAAGCUCCCAUUAUAUAAUCAAUACAGUCAUGUUGAUUCUGCAUAAUGUAAAUAUGAUUUCUCCGGCACUUGCUUUUUCUCAAUUUCCUUUUGUGUCCUUGCUCUCAAGUUUAUGUCAGUCACAUUAUUGAAGUCAAUAAAGUUUUCCUGUUUUCUUUUCUUACAUGCCAUGAAGUCC